ACAACAAUCAAGUCAUAUCAGUCUCAGUCUCACUGCAGUGAACAACUGAACUCAACUGUGAUAAAGUGUUGUGAUGUUAACUGUUUUGUGACUCAUUGAUAACUGUCAAUAAUAUGUCAUCUCUUGACGAAAAGGCUGUUGCCAAGUUUAAAGAAUAUUUGAAAAUUCCAUCAGUGCAACCAAACUGUGACUACAAUGAUUGUGUUAAGUUUUUAAAGAGCUACGCGGAGGAGUUGGGAUUGAUCUUUACGCUGGAGUGGUUGGCUGCAGACAAACCAGUGGUGAUAGCCAGCUGGAUAGGUAGUGAGGUAAAGUCCCCUUCUAUACUACUGAGUUCUCACAUGGACGUAGUGCCAGUGUUUGUUGACAAAUGGACCUACGAGCCUUUCGCAGCGGAAGAGGACGAUGCAGGUAACAUCUACGCUCGAGGAUCCCAAGACAUGAAGUGUGUAGGUAUACAAUACCUGGAGGCUAUACGUAGACUUAUUCUGCAAGGAUACCAACCCAAGAGAACCGUCCACAUCUGCUUCACCCCAGACGAAGAAAUUGGAUCUCAGGGUAUGAAACUUUUUGUACAAACUGAUGCUUUCAAAAAGCUUAACAUCGGGUGCGAACUGGACGAAGGAGUUGCUAGUCCAAACGAGGAGUAUAACCUAUACUAUGGAGAGAGGACGUGUUAUAAACUCGUUGUAAUCUGCUCCGGAACUCCCGGUCACGGAUCUCUCCUCCAUGAUAACACGGCUGGUGAAAAGAUUUCAAUUGUUAUCAACAAAUUCAUGGAGAAACGAUCUGAGGAAAAGCAAAAGCUUAAAGAUAAUCCAAAUCUAACGCUAGGAGACGUAACCACCAUAAAUAUGACCAUGCUAGAAGGUGGGGUUCAAACUAAUGUGGUCCCGCCAGAGUUGAGGGCAGUGUUCGAUUGUAGAGUCAGUCUAAACUAUGAUCACGAUGAGUUUGAAAAGUGGAUUGACGAAGUGUGUAAACAAGCCGGCGAAGGAGUCAGAGUUGAAAUACAAGACAAGAAGAAAAGAAUAGAACCGACGAGGCUCUCCGAUAAAAACCCUUGGUGGGUUGCGUUGAAAUCUCAAUUUGACCAAAUGGGCGUAAAGGUGAACACUCAAAUAUUUCCUGCUGCUACUGACGCUAGAUACAUCAGGGGUCUUGGAAUUCCUGCCUUUGGUUUUUCGCCGAUGAAUAACACACCAGUGCUCCUACACGACCACGAUGAAUUUUUGAACAGAAAAGUAUUCCUGAAUGGUAUUCAAAUAUACGUGAAAUUAAUAUCUGCUUUGGCUGAUGUGUAAUAAGUAUUAUUGACUCUGUACAUGUUCUUAAUGAUAUGUUUAGAUAUAAAAGUGUAAUGAAAGCAACUGCAUUGGGUAUUUAAUUAUUUAGCACCCAAAGAAGAUAAUUUAAUAUUGUUACAAACUAAAAAUUCUAAGAAUCGCAAAUUAUAAAAAUGCAACAAUUUUAGCAAA